AUGACUGUCAAUGAAACCGUGAAAUUGAGCUCUGGAUAUGAAAUGCCAGUUAUUGGCUUUGGCACCGGAGGUCUUAAAGGACCCGAGGGUCAAGAACAAAUUCUCAAGGCAAUUGAGACAGGAUAUCGCAGUUUCGACACUGCUGAAGCCUAUAGAAACGAGGAAGAUGUUGGCAUUGCCAUUAAGAAGAGCAAUGUCCCCAGAAAAGAUAUAUUUAUUAUUUCCAAGAUGUGGCCCACUUCAAUGAAACCCGAAUCAGUGCGAAAAGUCGUCAACAGCAGUCUUGAGAAACUCGGGGUUGACUACAUUGAUCUGUACCUAAUUCACUGGCCCAUCAGUUUCACAGACGGACCCGAACAAGGCAAAGUGAUUCUCGACGACCCCCAAGUGCCAACUAUCGAUACCUGGCGAGAACUCGAGAAGUUUGUCGAACAGGGCAAACUACGAUCUAUCGGUGUAUCCAACUUCACCAUUCCCAAACUGACCAAACUGCUUAAAGAGGCUAAAAUCAAGCCCGCCGUCAACCAAGUCGAAGGCCAUCCCAACUUCCAGCAACCCGAGCUGUUGAAAUACUGUCAAACCCAAGACAUUUCCCUCAUGUGCUAUACCCCCCUCGGCAGAAACAAUCACGGCGCACCCCGUCUCACCGAGCACCCUGUGAUCCAAGAACUGUCCAAGAGUCUCAACAUCGAGCCCGCUACACUCCUCAUCAACUGGGCCGUUCAAAGAGGAACUGUCGUCAUCCCCAAAACGUCCAACCCAGCCCGACUCCAAGCCAACCUCCAACGAGUCACUCUCCCCGACUCAGCCAUGGAAGAAAUCAACCGCCUCGAGACCGGCAAACGGAACAUCAACCCACUCUACUGGGGAGUCGACGUGUUCCAAGACUAA